CAGCUGUUUAUAUUUUCACGAAAGAAGAUUGUGCAAUCUUAAUUUAUCAGGGAAACACAUCUAAGCUGGUGCUGUGGUUUGUCAUUGGUUCUUCAACAUGUCAGAGCCUAGAAAACCGAAACUGAUUGUUUUUGAUCUUGAUUAUACAUUGUGGCCUUUUUGGAUAGAUACUCAUAUUACGCCUCCAUGUCAUCAAAAGAAUGGCAAAAUAUAUGACAUGCGAAACCAAUUAGUGAAGCCCUUUCCAGAGGUCCCAGAAAUACUUUCUGAUUUGCAUAAGCAAGGGUUUGAACUAGCUAUUGCAUCCAGGACAAGUGAAAUUCAAGGAGCUAAUCAACUGGUCAAACUGUUGAAUUGGGAUAAGUACUUCAAGUACAAAGAAAUUUACCCUGGAUGUAAGGUGAAACACUUUUCAAAGUUCUGUGAAGCUUCAGGGUACAAACAUGAAGACAUGUUGUUCUUUGACGAUGAGCAGCGCAACAUCCGAGACCUCUCUGAGAAAGGAGUUACUUGUAUACUCGUUCCAGGUGAGGGUGUAACAAAAAAAUUGUUAGAGAAAGGUCUUCAGAAAUUUUCCUCUAAAGGUUAGACUUACAGAGAUUUAAACCCUACAUUCCACUUUUCAUUGUAAGAGAAAGUAAAGUUUGAAGCUGUGAUAAAUAAAUAAAAAGUCAUAAUUUUGAACAAAUUACUAUUGUCAAGUCUUCUUUACAGUGAAAUAAAAUUGUGAAGGCGAUAAUGCA